AUGAACUCAAAUAUUACUUCAAUAAAGCUAGUGCUUCUAGGAGAAGCAGCUGUGGGAAAAUCUUCUAUCGUUUUGAGAUUUGUGUCUAAUGAUUUUGCUGAGAAUAAAGAGCCUACUAUUGGUGCUGCAUUUUUGACCCAACGAGUUAACAUGGCCGAUCAUACGAUAAAGUUUGAGAUAUGGGAUACUGCUGGUCAGGAACGGUUUGCAUCUUUAGCACCAAUGUAUUAUAGAAACGCUCAAGCAGCCCUAGUGGUAUAUGAUGUGACGAAACCACAGUCGUUUAUUAAGGCGCGUCACUGGGUAAAAGAAUUACAUGAACAAGCUAGUAAAGGAAUUGUCAUCGCUUUGGUUGGGAAUAAGAUGGAUCUAUUGGAAUCCGAAGAUGAUAGGAAGGUUGCUAGAGAAGAAGCAGAGAAGCUAGCACAGGAGGAGAAUCUGCUCUUUUUCGAAACUAGUGCAAAGACCGGUGAAAAUGUUAAUGAAGUAUUCUUAGCUAUCGGUGAAAAGAUUCCACUUAAGAAAGCAAAUGGUGCUGGAAAUGGUGAACUGAACGCCGUAGAUGACAGAAGAAUCGAUUUGAAUAACUCUACAAACCCUGAAAAUGUAAGUAACUGUGCGUGUUAA